CCCCUGGCUCCGCCCUACAGAAGGAAAAUGCACAAGAGGAUCCUGGAACUCAUCUCCAACAUCAUCCAGCUGCUGACUGGAGAGAACAGACACAGGGAUUGGUCCAACCGACCGGUAUCGUGGAAGCAAAUGACCAAUCAGGAAGUGGUUAUGGGGAACCGUUGCUAUGGGAACUGGGAGACAAUUCAGAUUCAAAUGUUAAACCACUGGAGAUCCGGAUAAAGGGACCAAUCCCACCUACUGAUAUUGUGGCGCCCGGUUACGGUCUCCGCUCAUCAGGAAACGAUGCGUCAACUGGACUCAAAGAGGAACAGGUUCCAUGGGAGGAAGAUGAAGGUUCUGAUUGCAGCAUUGUUUUCCUUACAGAACCGAGACCGGAUAGAGAUCCAUCUGCUGAUACGGGAUCCAGCAUAAAUGGCAGCCUGUCGGCCAAUGAUACAUCAGAUGACAUUAAAGAGGAGCUGUGUUCAUUGGAUGAAGAAUUCGAUGCCGGUGCAGGGCAGAUACAGGGAAAGCACCAACCAACCGAUGAUAUGGGGUUCCACUCUUCUACAUAUCGGACGUUAGUCGGGGGGGCAGCCAUUGGGGGCAAAGGAAGCCCCCCAAAUACUGACAUUUCUAUAGAUCAGCAUUCACCCCACUGCUCACCAUCGGAUGGCAGUAAUGGCGACGCGGCUCUUUGGGAAGAAAAUGUGGAUUGUAACACAGACCUACGUGGCACGGACUCACCUGCUGGCAUUAUGGGCUCCAGCCUGAGCGACUGCUCGCCGGGGGUAAAUUGCACUCUAUAUACUAAGGUGCCCCCCCUGCAGGCAGAAGCGCAAAGCUUCACUUGUUACGAAUGUGGGAAAUGCUUUGAGAGUCAGAGGGACCUAUUCCAGCACCUAAGGAUCCACACGGGGACCAAGGCGUUCUUGUGCUGUGAGUGCGGCGUGUGUUUCGUGCAUCAGAUCGACCUGCACAGACACAUGAGGGGCCACGCGGGGGGGCGGCCCUUCUGCUGCUCCGUCUGCGGCAAGGGCUUCCGUUCCCAGAGCGACUGCAACAGGCACCUCAUUAUCCACACAGGGGAGAAACCCUUCGCCUGUUCCGAGUGCGGCCGCUGCUUCGGGUUCCUGAGCAGCCUGCGGCGCCAUUUCGCCCUCCACACGAGGAAGGAGCAGUUCUCCUGCGGUCACUGCGGCAAGUGCUUCGCGCUCCAGAGCCACCUGAACAACCACUUGAGGAUCCACUCCGUCAGGAAACCGUACAGGCACGGUCCGACCCACGUGGGGGAAACGCUCUUCCCUUGCGCCCAGUGUGGGAAGGACUUUGGCUUUGAGAGCGACCUUCACCAACACCUUAGAACUCACGACGGAAAUAUAGCCUUCUCUUGCCCCGAAUGUGGGAGGGGCUUCGAGUGCGAGGGCGACCUUAGCAGGCACCUACGAACGCACGAGGAGAAGAAGCCUCUUUCGUGUUCUCACUGCAGCAAGUACUUUCUGUGCCAGUCCGAACUCAAGAGGCAUAUUAGAAUUCACACGGGAGAGAAACCAUUUUCUUGUUCCAAAUGUGGGAGGAGCUUUGGGUUCCUGAGCAGCCUGCGCCGACACUGUAGAACUCACUUUAAAAAGGAAAAGUGAAUUGAAAUUGCCCUUUGAAUAAGGAACUUGAUGCCCUGCUAGACGUUGGUCGCUGAGUGCGGCACUGGAACAAUGUGACGCCAACUGGCUUCAGUGAACAUAGAGAGCCUAGAACAGCCUAGAACCCAAUCCCAUGUUUUGUGGAGAAGCCUCUCCUUUAGUCAUGUGACACAAGCCUUUCUAGAAUUUGAAAGCCAUUCCCUCCGGGCACAUUGCACAGUGCGUAGAAUUAUCACUCCUUUUCAAAUGAUUAUUGUUACGUUUAGUUCUAUUACUGACUGACUGAGGAGGGUCGGACGCUCCUUAUAGUUUAGAUCCUGUUGUCCUGUACAAGACUCCGGCCCCCCGUAGUGGCAAAUGGCGACGUAGAACUGAUCAAUAUCUAUAGCAGAAUACACACAAUGUCACAGAACAUUAAAGAAAUGAUUUUCUUUUUCUAAA